ACAACUGUCAACCCGAACAUGGUGAGGACUGAAGUGUGGUGUUUCCGAAAAUGUAGCACUUCUCAGAUAUUGGCACGCUUUCGGGCUCCUGUCUUGAUGAGAAGGAAAACAUUCUUAAGUGACUGAAAAUUUUCUGACAGGUCACUGGCAGGCUAAUAUUUGGUGAAACAUUACAAACUCCAAAGGGAGAGUAAAUAGAAACUCACAGAAAAAUAUUUUUAUGGGGGGGGGGAUCAUGUCUGAAAAUAAAUAAUGCUGAGGAUGUAAUGGACUUGUGCUGGAGAUAAAGCUCAGCCACUAUCCUAUUCAAGUAAUUUCAGACUACAUGCCAGACUACGUUUUUGACUGAAGUAGCCCAGCUAGUAGCAAAAAUAUAUUGCUAAAUUAUUAAUGAAGUUUCACCCCUGCAGAGGACCUAUACGUUAUUCCCUGAAUGCAAAAAAGGAUGAUUUAAAGCACUUCAUCUUCAUUUAUUCAACUUACCCUUUUCUCCAAAGAGACUUGCAUUUUUUAUGAAUUCAUACGGUUGGAUGUUUUGCUAGAGCAGGUCAGGUUAAGUAUUGACCUUGUCCUAAGCCACUCCAGCCCCUAUUGCCCUGCACGCCUCGCUUUAAAACCAUGUGAUGCCUGUUUUGUUGAGCUCUGUUCAUUCAUUCCAUGAUGAAUAUAUAGGUCAGUUGUUAAUGUCUCAUCUUCUAGUGACAUAUUUUGGAUUUUUCUUCACCCUAAACCAUGCUGUAUGAAUUCUCAGGACUGGGUUAGGUGUUAAACUCAUUUCAUACUCAUUUGGGCCACAUUACGUGAGCGUGGGCAGAGCACAGGGCUGCCAGGAGAAGCAUGUAGUGAUUAACCAGGGAGUCGCCUCAGACUGCAUCUCCAGGCAGGUGCCUCAUGAUUUAAUAUGACCCUGUUAGUCCAUAUAUGACCCCCCUUUGUCCAGGGACAACGUAUGACUUGCAAACAUGGUAUAAUUACAGCUGUGGCUGAGGCUAGUGUUGCAGUUCCGUGAGGAUAACAAGCGUCAUCCAAGUGAAUCGGUCUGGUCUUCAGCGGAGGCUGUAUGGCCACUGGCAGGAACAACGGGGAAUGUUCGUCAGUCUGGUCUAGCCUUCGGCGAACAUGUCUCAACAUGAGCUGAGGUUCACAGGAGGCUCGUACGGAGAACCAAAUGGCGUAAUGGUGCCCACGGUUCUGUAUCGCAAACAGAGCCAAGAGGAACACCCCGGUGGACGUCUGAGAGUGUGGAAAGAAAAUCUGACAUUGCUGAACGCGGUUAGUCUGCAGACGCGGAAGAGAGAUCAGACCUUGGAGAUGGACAGCAGAGAAGGGGGGGAGGAAGAAACUGCCUGAUUCGAAGCUGCCCCAACUGGUGCACAAAGAGCUGCAGUUAUAAAGUAUUCGCAGUAGGCCAUAUGCAGUGUGUUAUGCGGUAGUACAAAUAUAUAAGCAGUUGUCACGUUAAUCGUAUGUUAACCAUGUAUUUACAGUGACUCAAUGACAGUACGUCAAUACAAUACGUCAAUCAUAUUAAUCAAAGGAUAACCAAGUAUUUACAGUGAUUCAAUGUCAAUAUAAUCAAUAUCUUUAUUCAUAUCUCAAGUAGGAGCCUAGCAGUCGAGACAUGUUUUGGUUAAAAUGAGCAAAAUGCGUGGAUAUACCUUGCUACCACGGUGAACCAAUUGGGCAGGAGAAUUGUGUUUGUUAUACGUUUGAGCUCGGUUUGUUUUUUUGUUAUGUGACCAAUCGGGACUUAUCUGGAAUUGGGAGUUAUGGUUUUUCAACUGGUUGCUGUUUGUGCUCGGGUUACUUGGUACCUGGUGCAAGAGUGUGACGGGAGCGCUUUGCUGGAUCGCUCGAGUAAAAGAGAUUGCUCACCUACUGAGACGUCCGGAGUUUUAUUCUAAGUGGCUUAACUAGAGUUAUUAGACAGGAGAUUUAUCAUUUUUCUAUCUCAAGAGAGGUGGAGUGUUUGUGUGUGACAGAUGCUUCCAUGCGUGGUGGUAGGAAAAUGGUCCGGAAGACGAUUGUGAUUUCUCUGCUGGCGUUACUGGUGGCAACAGUGUGCAUCUUCCUGGGGGUGUUCUAUGGUGUUGGCCGCCGGAAACCUCCUGCUGGGGCCCCAGAUGACAAGCACUCCUUCAGCAGGGCCGCAGUGGCGGCAGAUGCAGGGCCGUGCUCAGAGAUUGGGAGGGACAUUUUGAAGAAGGGGGGUUCUGCUGUGGAUGCCUCUAUCGCCGCCCUGCUGUGUGUGGGGCUCAUGAACGCCCAAAGCAUGGGGAUUGGGGGGGGGCUGUUUUUCACCAUCUACAACGGUACUACAGGAAAGGUGGAAAUCAUCGACGCGAGAGAGACGGCACCUUUGAACGCAUCUGAAGACAUGUACAGUGGUAAAGAACAGCUGUCGAGUAAAGGUGGUCUGGCAAUUGCCGUCCCGGGGGAGAUCCGGGGCUAUGAGCUGGCUCACCGCCGGCAUGGCCACCUGCCCUGGAAGGAUCUGUUCGAGCCCAGCAUACGUCUGGCUCGCGAAGGGUUCCCCAUCAGCAAUGCGCUGGCCUCAGCCAUCGAGAAAAACAAGGACACUAUCCAGGGAGACGCAGCCUUGUGCGACGUGUUCUGCGAUGCAAACAAGCGUCCCCUAAAGGAGAACGAAACCAUUCGGUUUCUCACCCUCGCAGACACCUAUGAAAGAAUAGCCAUGGAGGGACCUGACGUGUAUUACACUGGGAAAAUGGCAGAGGAUAUCGUGAAGGACAUUCAGGAUGCAGGGGGCAUCAUCACACUGGAGGACCUGCAGACCUACCGACCACAGCUAGAUGAAAGCCCUCUGAAAGUAGAAGUGGGGCAGUACACCAUGUGGGUCCCCAGUGCCCCGUCCAGUGGCCCAGUCCUCGCCCUUAUACUUAACAUCCUGAAAGGCUAUAACUUCACGGCCGCGAGUGUCUCUGACACAGAGACGAAGACCCUAACCUACCACCGCAUUGUGGAAGCCUUUCGCUUCGCCUACGGCAAGAGGAGCAAUUUGGGGGAUCCUCGUUACCUGAACAUCACCAAUCUCAUCGCUAACAUGACCUCAGAGGAGUUUGCUGAAAACCUUCGCAACAAGAUCACUGACAACACAACCCACCCCGAAAGCUACUACGAGCCUGACUACUACGUCCCCAGCAGCCAGGGCACGGCCCACCUCUCCGUCGUGGCAGAGGAUGGCAGUGCUGUGGCAGCUACUAGCACCAUCAACCACUAUUUUGGUUCUAAGGUUCUGUCCCGGAGGACUGGUAUCCUCUUCAAUAACGAGAUGGACGACUUCAGCUCUCCCAACAUCACUAACGGCUUUGGAGUGGAUCCCUCACCCAACAACUACAUCCAUCCAGGUAAAAGGCCUCUGUCCUCCAUGUGCCCAACAAUCCUCACAGACAAGGGAGGAAAGGUCAAAAUGGUGGUGGGAGGUUCUGGUGGGACCAAGAUCACAACGGCGACAGCCCUGGUGAUCCUCAACUCGCUGUUUUUUAAUUACGACCUGAGGAAGGCGGUGAAGGAGCCAAGGAUCCACAACCAGCUCCGCCCCAACACCACUGUAGUAGAGGCAGGCUUUAGUCAGAGUGUGCUGGAUGGAUUGGCAAAGAAAAACCACGUGAUCGAAGUUCUGAACAUGGGCGGGUCUGUGGUGCAGGCCAUACUGAGGAGGGGGAAUCUGCUUGACGCCGAGUCGGACCCCAGGAAGAUGGGCUAUCCGGCGGGGUACUGAGGGAAGAGGAAGCCCCCUUGUAUGACCCUCUUUCUUUGUCCUCUUCAAUCCAUGUGAUCGCAGCUGCGUUGCAUUUUCCGGAUCCUUUUAUGGGAAAGUAUCAGGUGUCAAAGAAUUUAAAUUAAUAUUUAUUUACAUCCCUGGGAAAAGACAGUGACAUACUGAGCCAUAUGACUCCUCCAAAGGUUUAAUUAAUAUAUUUAAUACUGAUAUGAUGUAUUUUGAUUCAGUUAGGAGACAGACUGGACUAGCUGCACAGAUGGGCCAGGCUGGGCCUGGACCACCCAAUCAGAAGCUUAGCCCACCCCAACGCCAGAAAAUGCUGACCAGUCACAUUUUCGAUUGUUGUGCAGAAGAAGGCAGCAAAUCAAAAUGUGUGUUUUCCCUCAAUCCCCUCCCCCUGGCACCUCUGGCUAGGAGCUUUGUCUGCAGUUCUAAUUUUAAAAUGUGGGUGUGUGUUUAUUUUACAUCGUUCUGUAGUUCCCCUUAUCUUUUCUAAUUUGCUGUUCCCUUCAGCUGGGGAACUUGGUGGGACUAGAAGCCCAGACAUGACUUAUGUCAUUAGCAGAAAAUAAUUUAGAAUUCCACGUCCACCCACCCACCGUCCAUCAAUUCCGUCUUGCAUAAUGCUUUAUACAAUGCAUUGUCGCGCUUCAUGCCAAACUGCAUUUCAACAAUGGUUUCAGCUGCAGGUUUCUCAGCAUGUAAGCAAUGCCACUGGAAGGAAACACGGCCCUGGCAGUACGCGCAAGCUGUGAGCCAAGACCGGAGUUUAAUGCAGGUUAUGGUCCCAGCCGCAGUCUCGCUUGCACGUGUCCCACCGUUUCUGUGGAAGUACUUUUUUUGUUGUUGUUGAGGUCCACCAAAGGGGAGACCCUCCGUUGCUGGGGCGUGGAAUCAUUAGCGAGAGGCACAGACGACAUCGCCCUUCCCUGGCUUAGUCCUCUGCGUUUCCAUCUGUGUCUCCUGUUGUUCUAUACGGUUCCCUUUACAAGGGCGCUUGCAAAACGUUUUAAUGAUACUGAAACAAGAUAAAGCCACAACAAACAAUCUGCUUAGAUGUACUGUACACAGCCCUGUUUGUAUUGUAUAAAAACCACCCAGGUGGCUUCCCAGACCAGUCCCCCCCCCACCCCCAAAAAAAAAGACCCGAAAUGGCCUGUAUGUGCUUCGUGGGGUCCGUGUGAUCACCCUUUGUCUGUGUUUUUUCUUUGUAUUGUUCUGCUCUGUUUAUAUUUUGUUGUAAACUCCUCAUCAGUGUGUGUGCUCAUCCGUAACUCAAUUAUUGCAUUUUACCCCAAAAUCAAUACCGACUGCUAAUACGAUACCAUAGCUUGUCUCUGCAAAAUCCGAAUCACGGUCCACAGCUUUACUGCGGAAGAGGCGGAUCGUUACAGCAUUCACAGUAUUCCUACUGCUCGCAAAAAAAAAAACGUAUGGAAGUGAGAUGAAACCAUUCAUUUUGAUUUGCUGGUUGUGCUGGUUUGAGACACAGUGCUGCACAGAUUUAAAACAGCCUCAAGCAUGUUGCAUUAAUUGCCUGUUUGCAUUUCUUGUUGGGAUAAGCGCAGCUUAAAUGUUAACAGCACUUCAAGAAGCAGGUAAAUUCAGUUUCCGUAAGAAGCCUUUUACUCAUCCAGGUUUUCUGAAGACUCAGCAAUAGUCCCUUAGGUGUGGAGAACGCGGAACUCUUCUGUUGAAAACAAUGCACACAUGCAGGCAUGAUUAAUCUGAAAGAGGCAUGAAACAAGUAAUCUGGUUAAUCACUGAACAAAGUGCUGUCAUACCAUUGUUUCUGCCCUGUUCCCAUACCUAAGUCCCAGUGUUGGAUUUCCCACAAGGGUUUAUAAGCUAGGGACUUUCCGACCAUUUAGCUUAAUUAAGGAAACAUGUUGGAUGCAUGACAAAACCUUUCAAUAUCAAACAGCCAGUCUGGUUCUCCUUUGGAUGACCACCAAAUCUUCCUCCAGCUACCCAACUGUUCUGCCAGUUCACUGAAAA